UCUGGCCUCGUCAUGGGCGGUGUUAUAUGAAAGAGGCGGCUGUUGACAACGUAACAGUAACUUACUUUUAUUUAUUUUUUUUUCGGCCUCUUCUUUCUACCACCUGUCUUUUCAGUUCUGCUUUUUGCUUCCUUUCAAUUCUUAUUCACCUUUUAUUCAUAAUUCCAGAUCCUAGUGUUCUGGUUCUUCAUGUUAAAAAAACAGACUAUUUUUAUUUCUAUAUGACUCGCUAUGUCUCUUAACGAAAUCACUGAAGGUUUACGAAAGGCCGUUGAAUCUGGACGGACGGAUAUAGUGCGAAGUGUGAUUUCAACUUUACAAAAAAGUAAGUACAGAAGUGAAAGAUUUGCAAACAGUUUUAAAUGAAGCAUGUUCUGAUGAUGGGACACUUCUUCACCUUGCUACAAUGCUGGGAGAGGCUGACAUUGUACGCACUUUGCUCUCUGCUGGUGCAGAUCCAGGCAUACACAACAAAAAUCAACGAAUUCCUCUGGACCUUGCUAUGUCAGAAAAUGUGAGAAUUGUCUUCAAUGAAGAACUUCUGCAAGCCACUGCACAUUCCAAUAUGGGGCGUGUAUGCCAGCUCUUGGCUUCUGGACUUGAUGUAAACCUGAAGGACAGCAGCGAAAGCCAAAACACACCUUUACAUUGGGCUUCUUGUUAUGCCUCACGUGACAUGGUACAAUGUCUCUGCUUGCGUGGUGCUGAUGUUAACGCAGUCAACAUGGAUGGUUGCACUCCACUUCAUGAGGCUGUCUCAAGAGGGAACAUUGAGAUUGUGGAAGAACUGCUAAUCCAUAAAGCUGACCCAACACUAAAGAUUAAAAGAGGAGACAAUAUAGGCAAAUCCGCUCUUGAUCUUGCAGAUCGUAGUGCAAUUCUACUCAGCCUCUUGCAGAACCCUCCAACUAAACAUAGUAAAAAGCAAUUCCAAGAUAUUCUUACUGAGGACUUUGCCUUAUCAGAAUCAGUCAUUCAAAAUAGUGUGAUAAAUACAGCAGAACUGAUUGAUUCAGUAACUGACUCUCCCAUAUUAGAAUAUCCUUCUGUCAAGUUACCUCCUGCAUCUUCAGGAAGUAAAAUACAAGAACUAUCCAGCCAAGUUAAAGAAUUAGAAUGUCUACCAAUGUUUUCAAAGACUGUGGUGACAGAGGAACAACUGUCCCUAUUGUGGCCUCGACCACAGUCUAUUGUCCAGAAGGAAGGGAACCAUUUUGUCCCAGAUGAGGUCCUCCACAUAUAUCUGUCGACUAUGUCAGAUAUUAGCAUACAUUCUGUGGCUCAAGUGUGGAACUGUCGAAAGUUCAUGUUCACAUCUAUGGGCAUCACAACAAUCAUUAAUUUACAGUCACCUGCAUAUGAGUACAACACCACCUGUAUCCUGUGUCAUGUUAGCAGUCGACUGUGUGUGGAGAAAGCCAGCUACAAAAUCAUCAUCCAGUCUUUUCAGGUCAAAAUCCUGGCUCAUGAUAUCCAAAGUCUUUCUUAUGCAAUUAUUACAUUAAGCCAGUUGUUCAAUUUAUACAAAACAGAAUCAGGCAUCAGUAUCCCAUUAUUAGAAAUUACAGAUUCACCAUCGCUGCCUUACAGAGGAGUUCUACUUGAUGUAUCUAAAGGACGUGUACCUAAUAUAGAAACUCUGAAAAACAUGCUUGACAAUAUUGCUUACAUGAAGUUUAAUCAGAUACAUUUGUACACUCGAUUCCGGUAUCAAACCAGUUCAGCAUGGCAGUUGUGCUACAGCUGUAGUGAGCUGUUGGAGAUUGAUAAGUUCUGCAUGGAUCGAGGCAUGCAGUUGAUUCCAGCAGUUGAUGUUCAUCCGUCUGUCCAAUUUGAAGAUUUGCCAUUCUUGCAAUGUGUAUUUUACGACUAUAUCUCACAUUUUACUAAUUCAGACUUUAUUAAUGUAGGAUCCCGUCUUACUAGUUUUCUCUUGGAAUAUCCUGAUGAUGACACUUUGAGCAUCGCAGAUGCUAGCAAAUUUCUUCCAAUAAAAGACAAGACUUUGUUAAUAAGUGGCUCAUCUCUCCAUGAUAUAAAACAGCGUUUGAUACAACGACUACCACCACACUUAAUGUUUGGUGAGUAUGGAACACAGGCCACCUAUAAUUUUGUGCCCCACUGCAAGCGUCUUUCUGAAUAUGGGUUUGGUUUCUUUGUCUGUCCAGGCACUGCAGCCUGGAACAGUCUGGCUGGCUUCCCAGAGGCAGCUGUUGCCAAUAUAUUUAAUGCUGCAAAGUGUGCCUCAACCCAGUCAGGCCUUGGUCUAUUGGUAUGCCAUUGGGCUGGUAGCAGCUUUCUCACUCACUCACCAUUCUGUUGGCCUGGUUUUGUCAUCACUGCUGGCCUCGCCUGGAACAAGGAUAUACACUGGGAGUUUCUUCAGAGCAAUCUGGCAGACCUUAUGAACAAACAUAUAUUUCGUGAUGAUUCUUCUGUUUUUGGACAAGUUAUCAUUGAGUUGGGAAGAAUUGAGACCUACGUCUAUCGAUGUUCCCAAAAGAAACAAGAUGAUGACCAAACCUCUCUUCCUUGUGAAAAUGGGUCCACUCUUACUAAUUUCCUUGUGCGACCUGAUGAAACAAGAUUAGAAGACUUAACAGCAGAUAUUCUACAGCGAGCCAACCGCCUUCUACGGAAGCACCAGUCUGAUGUAACAAGCAUCCAGUUGAAUUGUCCACAAUCAAAGGAAAUCAUCUCUGAGGUGCUUCUCACAACAGACAUGAUGAUCCUGGCAGUACGGAUUGGACGUGCUAUGGUGACUGCUGGUCGCAACCCUGAUCCCUUAUCUGGCCUGCGUAUAGUAAAUCUUGGAAUCACAAACUUGACUGCUACUGGAAAAACAGAUCUUGCUAACAGACUUCUGGAGCUGAUUGAGAACUUUCGUGUGAGUUGGAAACGAAGAUAUAUUGCAAAAUUAGGUUUACUGGAAGCCACAAAUUGCUUACAGAAUGUGCUGACGCAAUUAGUACCAAAUGAAGAUGCAGAGAAAUUUUCUUCUUCUAUUAUAGGGUAAAGGAUUGAUUGAGAAGACUCUAAAUUAUUGCUGGGACCAAUAUUUUAUAUUUUUGUCUUUGUAUCUCUUUCCUUAUCUCUAUCAUCCUACACUUAUAGCUAGGGACUUUUGGAUCUAUAAAUCUCACAUUUUUGUGUUUCUAUCUAAACUAUAUUUCUAUCACAACUGUCACUAAAAUAUAUUGGCUAGUGACAGACUGGCUACAUUGGUAUAAAGUGGAUCAGAAAUGCCUGUGUUGACGUGUUGAGAGAUAAAGUAAUGAUCAACACUUCUCUGUUAAGCCUCACCAUCAUUAAUCUCUUAUAUUUAUAUUUCCAAAAACAUUUUGAUCAGUCUCUCUAUUGAAUGAGCUGAUAGUAAUGUGAUAUGAAAUGUAGCACAGAUUAAAAGAAUGUGAGAAAAAAAAAAGCUUCAUACAACUUUUAAUUCAUCUCAAAAAAUAAAUUUUAGUUUUUGAAUAUCAUUUAUUAAUGGGGGUUUCAUAUGGGACAAUUGUUACUUGCAGAGAUUCGUUCUUAUUUAUUAUUUUCAUUUUGGGAAAUAUCUUAAGAUUAUUUUGUUAUAAUUUUCAGAUUGUUUUUCUUUUAAAGUUAUUUAUUUUUCUGUGAUGCAUUCUUGUAAUUAUACGUCCAUGACCACAAGCUUUAUAUUUUUAUUUUUGCUCAUAUAUAUUUCUGUGAUCUGCUGUUUUAUUUGGUUGGUUAAAUACAAAGGUUUAUUUUUAAAUUAUUUAUUCAUUUUCAUUUUUAUCAUUUGGAUGCUGCUGCUUUUUUUUUUGUUUUUUGUUUUAGAGGUGCUACAAUAUUUGUAGAGAUUGGUGACAUAAUGUGUAUACUCUCUCUGGGUAUUGCUAUAAUAUAUAUAGUCACUACUGCAGUAUAUGUAAUCACUAAUGACUUAGUGUAUAGACUCUAUUACUACUGUAAUAUAUUUAGGUACUGGUGACAUCUGGUGAACAGUGGGAAUAUCUUAUGGAUAACUGCUACAACACUUAUAUGAUGACACUGACAUCUAGUGGACACUUCUACAACAGUAAUAUAUGUAGACACUGGUGGCAUCUAAUGGACAUUGUUAAAGCAAGAAUAACACAUAUAGUUAAUUAGUUUAGGUAUGUUCAUAUGCCAGUGAUAGAAGAGCAGUCUUAUAUUUCUAGACUGGCUCUCUGUCUGAGAGCUGUUGAAAAAUCUCAUUCCUCUCAGGUGAAGAAUAAAUCCUGAAAUACUAUCUUUCUCUUCUGCUCUGAUAGACAAACUUGUCAAAAUUCAUCAACUUCACUGUAUGAUAUUUACUAACAUAGACCACCACCAAUACUAGUUUCCUCAGAUUCUGUUUUUAAUGUAACUACUGGUAACAAGUAGUGAUGUGACACUUGACUUGCUUUCUAUGGAGACUGUUACGGCUAGGAUAUAUGAUUGUUACUACAGCAAUUCCUGUGAUAUGAUGGUGUGUAAGCAGGGCUAUUACUUAAUGUCGAUCGUUGUACUUGCAAUACACUGGUGAUAUACUUUCUGCAAGCAGAUACAUUAUGAUAGAGGCAAUGCCAUGUAGAGAUCUCUACAUCUGUAAUACAGGCAAUGCUUUGUAUGUAGUGUAACGAAUCUCUACAUUUGUAAUACAGACAAUGUUGUUCUGUAUGCAGUAUAGUGAUCUCUACAUUUAUAAUACAAGUAAUAUGAUGUAAUAUACAAUGUAGAGAUCUCAUCAUUUGUAAUACAGGUUAUUUUAUGUAAUAUACAGUGAAGAAAUGUCUGCAUUUGUAAUACAGGCAGCACUCUAACAUUUGUUAUACAGAUCUUUACACUUGUAAAAAACAAAUGCAGUACUAUGUGAUAUACAAUGUAGGUUAUCUCUUCAUUUGUAAUAUAGGUCAUAUUCUGUACACUAUACAAAUUUCUACACUUGUUAAAAAAGGCAGUACUAUGUGAUAUACAACACAGGGAUCUCUACAUUUGUGAUAAGAAAUAUUACUGGGUUGUUGUCGUCACAAAAGAUUGAUGCAGUUAUAGUAUAACUAACAUUGUGUAACGGUGGUGGCUGGUCACUUUAUGAAGGUCAUUAGGUUUGGUUUGUAAGUCACGCAAUGUAAGAUAACAUUCUUUGUUGAGGUCAUCUGUGAUUCGAGCAACAUCGGAGAACUUAGUUUCAAGAAAGAUUGCUAGGAUUUGUGAUAAAUGCAAAGAAUCAAGGUUGCUUUGUAGAAAGAUCACAGAAAUGGAUAAACACUGCCAGAAUUGAGACAACAUUGUGGGUACAUCAUGCUUUUUAUUUUCUUUCUUAUAAAAUUUUAAAAGGAAAAAAAAAAAGAAAAAGAAAUUGGAGAAAAUAAAUUAAAUAACAAAAAAUAAAG